CGUGCUUCCAAUUUUUCAGUCAUACUGUUGAAUGUUGAUAGAAUUACUGAAAGUCGACUUGGUGGGCCACCCUUUACCCAUAGAUGUUCCCUUCACCGUCACGACUGGAUUUCGCUUCUGUUGCACUAGAAAGACUUGAUGGGUCUCGUUAUUUAGGCUACAAAAGAGGCUAGAAUUAAUGUAAGAGUAUUCCACAAUUAAUUAAGGUUGUCUAAGAAAACAGUUGGUAUCUUCCCUUUAUUUGGUGAUCUACUAGAGAUUUUUGGCGAUUAAUCAUAUGUUGUAUUUCAGACCAUGAAUUGCUUAUUUUCUUUAUAAGUGGUGCUAUUGGAUGGGUAGAUCCUAUCCGAUAUUGGUUGUUAAGAUUCUUGAUGAACAAUUCCUUUUGGCAAUUAAUCAAUCUCCUUGAGUUUGACAUGUGCUCCUCUUAAUUCUUGGAUAGGUCUAGGAUUUGUGACUUCCAUGACUUUUAUCUUCUUUGUUGGAGUGUUCAUGUCAUCAUGGUUGGGGGUGUCUGUUUUGACCCUUGGUGAGUGGUUCAUCAAACGAAUGCCAUUUGUUCGUCAUAUCUACAAUGCCUCCAAGCAGAUUAGUGCCGCCAUAUCUCCAGAUCAGAACUCGCAAGCCUUUAAGGAAGUAGCAAUCAUUAGGCAUCCACGUAUUGGUGAAUAUGCAUUUGGGUUCAUUACUUCAUCUGUGGUCCUCCAGCAUUAUCCAGUAGAGGAAGAUCUAUGCUGCGUCUAUGUCCCUACCAACCAUCUCUACAUUGGUGAUAUAUUCUUGGUCAAUGCCAGAGACAUUAUUAGACCAAAUUUGUCAGUUCGGGAAGGAAUUGAAAUCGUUGUUUCUGGGGGCAUGUCGAUGCCCCAGAUCCUAUCAACUUUGGAUGAUAGAAGUAGACCCGACAGAGGCUGA